AUUUUCCACCCCUCAAACACUCCCGCCGUCACAUCAUUCUCUGGUUUUCCUGGAGUCUGGAGCUCCUUCUGUCAACGGAAACCAGAGAAUUAAUUAAAGAAAAAAACCCUAAUUUUUUCUCUUUAAUACCUCCCUCCCCUCUCUGUUUCUGUUCAAACCUCCCUUCUCGCGAGGAAGAUCAAAAUACAGAAAGGAAGGAAUAUCAUUUUGCUCACAUUGAUUCUUCUACUAUCGAUUUGAAGUAAAACCCUAACCUUUUUGAGUCAUUUGUCGAAACCCCAGAUCUUGAUUGGUUAAAAAAGCUGCUCAACAAUGGCAGCAUCAUUGCAAUUUAAUAAUGGUAUUAGAACAGCUUAUUGCGGUUAUCAGUUUAGGAGAAAUUCUUUGUUAAUUGAAAGAAACCAGCAGCUUAAAUUUCCAUUGUCUAUUAGUUCCAUUUCUGGAUUAGUAUGUGCAAGGAUUGAAGGUUCUUGUAGUAGGGAUAGCAGGAAUAGAGGAUUGAAAAUAAGUUGUGAUAAAAGCAAUGCAGACGACACUACAAAUGGAAGUCCUGGUGACACUGGUGAGCAACUGCUUACUUGCGUGAUGAAGUUUGGCGGGUCAUCUGUAGCUUCAGCUGAACGGAUGAGAGAAGUUGCUGAAUUGAUACGUAGCUUUCCUGAGGAACGGCCCGUCAUUGUUCUUUCCGCAAUGGGUAAAACAACCAACAAGUUGUUACAGGCUGGAGAAAAAGCUGUAAGCUGCGGUGUUAUUCAUGCAUCAGAAAUCAAAGAAUUGGAAUUCAUUAAAGACUUGCAUUAUAGGACCGUUGAUGAACUCGGAGUUGACAAAUCUGUUAUUGCUGUUCACCUAGAAGAACUGGAGCAGCUUCUCAAGGGUAUUGCUAUGAUGAAAGAGCUCACUCCUCGCACAAAAGAUUAUAUUGUUUCUUUUGGGGAAUGCAUGUCUACUAGAAUAUUUGCAGCUUAUAUGAAUAAAAUUGGUGUUAAAGCUCGCCAAUAUGAUGCAUUUGAAAUUGGUUUUAUAACCACGGACGAAUUCACAAACGCAGACAUCUUAGAAGCAACCUAUCCUGCUGUUGCAAAGAGAUUACAUGGUGAUUGGAUGAAAGAGUCUGCAAUUCCUAUUGUUACAGGCUUCCUUGGAAAGGGAUGGAAAACUUGUGCAGUAACUACUUUAGGGAGGGGAGGUAGUGACUUGACUGCCACAACAAUUGGUAAAGCGUUAGGCUUGCGAGAGAUUCAGGUGUGGAAGGAUGUUGAUGGAGUAUUAACAUGUGAUCCCAAUAUCUAUUCAGGUGCAAUGCCUGUGCCAUAUCUAACGUUUGAUGAAGCGGCUGAACUUGCCUAUUUUGGUGCACAAGUCCUGCACCCUCAAUCCAUGAGACCAGCUAGAGAGGGAGACAUUCCUGUUAGAGUAAAGAAUUCUUACAACCCUAAAGCUCCAGGUACUUUCAUAACGAGGUGCAGAGAUAUGAGUGAGGCUGUAUUAACCAGCAUUGUGUUGAAGAGAAAUGUUACCAUGCUGGAUAUCGUCAGCACUCGAAUGCUGGGUCAGUUUGGUUUUCUUGCUAAGGUUUUUGAAAUAUUUGAAGAUUUGGGCAUCUCAGUUGAUGUGGUUGCAACAAGUGAAGUCAGUAUAUCUUUGACUUUGGAUCCCUCAAAGCUUUGGAGUAGAGAACUGAUUCAGCAGGCAAGCGAACUUGACCAUGUGGUUGAGGAGCUUGAGAAAAUUGCAGUUGUAAAUCUCCUUCAACACAGAUCCAUCAUCUCUCUAAUUGGAAAUGUGCAGCGAUCAUCACUGAUAUUAGAGAAGGCGUUCAAUGUUCUUCGAACUCAUGGAGUUAAUGUCCAGAUGAUCUCUCAGGGAGCGUCCAAGGUGAACAUUUCAUUGAUAGUAAACGAUAGCGAAGCAGAACAAGUCGUUAGGUCAUUACACUCUACGUUCUUUGAGAGAGGCAGUUUCUCAGAACUCGAUUCCGAACAGAUUACAACUAAUGGAUCGGUCGUUUCAACUCCCAUCAUCUCAUCGUUGAACUGAUUUCAACUUCCGUAUUCUUCUUGUUACAUCUUGUUGUCAGUUAGUAUAGCUCGUCAUUUAAAAAAUUUCAGGAGUAAGUGUUGGCUAUUCAUAACUGAUGAAUAUGCAAUUAAAAAUUGUGUUCUUUCUUAACAUUGCUAAGUUCCGGUGCUUGUAGUCCAGUUGAUUGUGAAGAAAAUCGAUCUUUUUUAAUAAAGAGCACCCCAUAUGAAGUUGUUCUUUUUU